UAGUAAUACCUGAACAGAGAGCAGCUUUAUUCUCUCAGGCAGAUCUAGCCAGCAAAACAAUGAUUUGCUGACCAGAGAGAAAUGUCCUAGCUGAACCUUCAAAACACGUUCUUAUUAUGCUCUAAUAAAGGGAGACAUCACUGAUUCACCAGGCAAAAAGCCUGUUACUCUUUGAAAACCCUCCUCCUCAUCCUUGGUGCUACGGAGAAAAGACUUGAGCAAGUUACAUGGAGCAUGCUUUCCUUUUGAUGUGGGUCAUAAUCGGUUCCAUAGCGGGGACUGGAAGUGGAGCAGACAAAUGUAGUGACCCACCAAGCAUUGAGUUUGCUGAGUUUACCACAGAAAAAUACAUGGUGAGCAGUACAGCACAAUAUACAUGUAAAUUUGACUACAGAAAGAGAAGUGGGUCAUCAGGAGUGAUUGCAUGCAAGAACAUAUCUGGGCUCGUUCAGUGGGAAUACGACAACAAGUUUGAAUGCAUCCAUAUCUCCAACUUGUCCUCAUUUUCAAGUCUCCCAGAAAGAACAAGGAGCAGCAGGCCUGAGACCUCACAAGCUGUAAAACAACUUGCGCCAAAAGGAUUCUGCGGGCUGCCCAGGCCUGUUCAACAUGCUAACAUCAUCGCAUAUUUAUACCCCGUGGGGCAGAAACUGCAGUACAACUGUCUGCGAGGCUAUGACGCUCGACCCCCAACCUCUGCCAUCACCACAUGUGAAAUCACGACAAAGUGGACCACACUACAUCUGCGGUGCACCAAUGACAGUACGGCCGAUCCAACUCACAUUAUACCUACAACGCAUCCCGCGGCAGGCGUAGCCAAUCUGUCCCAUUUUCCACCUACGAAGUUUCCAGUAACAGUGACGACUAAGCCGUUCCAUUUGACAUGUAGGAUGGCCGUAAUAACAGCUGUUACGAUCUCUGUCGUGUUGCUGAGUGUCUUCAUCUCUGCGGGGUGGAUCUUCGCGAAGUAUGUGCAUCGCUACAGGACAAGAAAGAGGAGCUUUGUAGAAGAUGCAAAUAUUAAGAUGGCCAAUUGGACAACCUCUUCUCCAACUGCACCAGCAAGACAAGAAGUAGGAAGUGAGGAAGAAGGUCAAAGAUUCAAGUUGAAUGUCUGAGGGGGGAGAUGAUAUUUUGCUUGAAGGUAGAUUGCAGAGAAAUGCUUUUGACCACAACCAACAGCCAAGACGUCUUAGCUUGCAGUGGCUGGGAAAGACUUACAGUUUGCUGAAUACAGGCUGUACAGAAUCAUUACCAGAAAAAGAAAAUGCUCACUUUGAUACUGUUUGCUGGAAGGGUCUUCCCUCCCCGUCCAUCCCCUACCACUGGUUUGACUGGUUUGUUAAUUCUAAUGAGUUAUUCUUAUUCCAUAUCCUUGGCACUUAUGUGUGUGUAUAUAUAUAUAAAUAUAUAUCUAUAGCUAUAUAUAGCUAUAGAUAUAUAUUUACAUGGCUUGAAUUGAAUCCUGUUGGGAUAAGCCUUACUUAUGUAUAUCUUUAUUAAGAUGGGUAGGUAAUUUUAUGGUUUCAGUGAAUAAUAUGAUCCAUGUACAGACAUUUUCCUUUACAAAGCUAUUAUUUUGUGGUGGGAAAAAAUAUCUCCUGUGCUUGUGUCCUGGAUGGGUUUCUUCACACCAAGCACUGAUACGGAUUACUCAUUCCUACAGAGUCUGACCUUCUUGCUACCUACUGCUGACAGCUCCUUCAAACAUCCACUGCAGAUGGGCCGGGCAUGCACACACUAUUGCUGGAAACUGGUCUUCCACAGGGUGUCUUGUCCUGUUCCAGAUAGUUCAAGGGGAAAGGGUAACAGUACACCUGUCCCUAACACGUAUAGGACGGUGCAAAGUUACCCAGAUAAGAUGUCCUGUGUCCCCAACUGGUUUGGCAUUUGUCCCCUCAUUCCCCAGCCUGGCUGACCCAUGAGCAACCUCUACUCAGCCUGUUCUUCAUUUCUGAGCCUUGCUACUUAGGUUGGUGGCUUGAUAAUAAAGCGCUAUUAAGCCAGUGUGGACUGGUGGGAGGAGAAGCAACUUUGUGGUAAUACCAUCCUGAGUUUUAUUAUCCCUAAUUAUCAUUAAGUGCCAUAUCUCACCAUGUCUACAUGAGGAACAGCUUCAGUGAAAUACCCAGAGCUAUUUGAGAAGAGCUAAUAUGCAGCUAUAGCUUUAUUAUUAUUUAUUCUUGAGCAUUCAGAAGCAAAGUGGGCACUACAAAGAAACACGGCAUUGUCCUUACCUAACUGGUUCACAGUCAAGCUAGUCUAGGGUAUUUAUGAUCUACUGACCACAGAAUUGCAGGCUCACCCUUCUUCCUCUAAGCUGUUCUCAACCUUGCGGUCACUCACCGAACACACAUAAAUUAUCAGAUGGGAUAGCUCAACCCCUUCCCUAUGCUUCACACACGUUAGACACCACUGGCAUGGCUCACUUGAUUCAUAAAUUCCUGCCAUUUCUGCCUAAUGCAGUGUGGCAGAUGGUAGGAACAGGAGGCCUUCAGUAGCCUUGAGGUCUUGCCAGUCAUUUGGCUUUCUACCAGGCAAAACCUUUCUUCCUGAACUGCAACAAGUCACCUGUAUCUACAAUACGCCUGGUGAACAGAGCCUCUCCAUGCCUUCAGGGAUUGUUUGAAGUAUUUGUUUAUCCUUUUCACUUUGCUAAUAGGGUUGAAUGCUUCCUUCCUUUAGCUAAUAGCUAUUAGAUGUCCUUUCAGGACUGUCCAGGAGACCCUAGCCAGCUGUCUUGGGCAGACCAGCUCUUCAGGGCUAGGACUGUACCCAAGGCCUUCAUCCUUUGGUGUGCUCUAUGGCCAGACUCGAUGUCUACAAGGAUCCCAGCUGAAGUCAACAGAGCUUUACAGGAACCAGUGGCAAGGAGGUCCGGGGCUCUGAGCACUGCUAAUCCUCAGAGACAAUGGAGGCAAGACUUGAUGUACCGUCAUUUAUCCUAAUAAAGUAUAGGGUGCUUUCUCUUUAUGUACACAAGCUCAUUUUCCUUUGUAGUGAAUGAAUAAAUGCAGAGAAGACUUUGUGACUCA